GGUCUGACAGAGUUUUUUUUUGGGUCUAAAUGCUAAAGUCUGACGGAGUUACAACUUACAACCCUCAUUGAUUUCGAAAUAUGUUUGUCAUCGACUAGAAGAUCCAGAUAUCAUAAUUGUAUUUGUACUGAAUAGAAAUUACAUGUGAAAUCCUAUUGUUGAGAUAAAAACAAAACAAAUAAGUGAUUUUGAAAAAUGUUAUUUCUGUAUAUUUGUGAUCCAUUUAUGAUAAAAAGACAAGAAUCACAAGACUGUACCAAAAUAAAAACAAUAAAACCCCACUGUCAAUUUUUCCCUACAUUUAUUUCCGUCUUGUUCCUUGUAUAUUAUCUUACAUAAAAUCAAAAGCAAACUUUCUGAAACUACAAAAAUAAAUUUGUUUUCUUCCAUUUUUGAUACGCAGUAACUAAUCACACAAAGAGGUGGUGGGGAGAGGAUAUAUAGAAGACUACCAAGAUAAAAACAGUAAAAUUUUCGUUACAUUUCUUUGUGUACUAUCUUACCCAAGAUAAAUCUACUUUUUACAAAAUCAAAUACUUUUUUCAUUAUUAAGAAGACAAAAUUACCCACCCUAGACGUGACCUCCCUUUGACAAUGAAGGGUAAUAUUGUAGUUUACUCCAAGCUCAACUUACACAUUGUUUUUUUGAACAAAUACCCAACUUACACUUAUAUUCACUAUUAUCACCAUCGCGCCCGACGAAGCUUUCUUUUGCUUUUGUUUCAUAUGCUUCAAAGUUCUUUAAAGCGAGCUAGAGAGAGAGCACACACAAAAAAAAACUAGAGACUUUGGGCCCGGAUCUUGGAUAUGUCUAGCGGGUGGGUCAAAUCGUGGCAGUGCAAGUCGAAAGCUUUCGAUGAUGUUUACAAUCCGAGUCCGAUACAUCUAAUGUCAAGCUACAGCUGCAGAAGAAGCACACAGAACUUAAAAGACGUGAUCAACACUAAAAAACCCAAACCCAAACCCAAACCCAAAAAACAAGAAUCCGACCCGGUUUCAACCCCUUCGACACGGAUUCGAUCAUCUGUACUUCGUGACCCGCUUUUGCCGACACUAACAGAGCUUGCGGAGGGGCAUCAGUCUCGUAACGUCGUGGAGAUUAUUUUCCAGACAAGCUGGGGCCCGAAACCGUUUCCGGGUCGGAUCGAUAUGAUCUUCAAAGUGCAAAACGGGUCAAAGACUUUGACCCGGUUCGAGGAGUAUCGUGAAGCCGUGAAGACUAAAAGCGUCGGGAAAUCGCGUGAGGAGAACGCGCGUUCGGUCGCCGACGGGAACGAGACGAUGAGGUUUUACUGUUUGGGUCCGAGUUAUGGCGGCGGCGCGUGGGGGAUUCUUGGAGGAAAAGGCGGCGGCGCGUCGAUAUAUACGUUCGCCGGGAGUUGCAUGGCGCAUGAUAAGGCGGGUGGAGGUAAAGGGAGGAAGGCGAUGCUCGUUUGCCGGGUUAUAGCGGGACGAGUCAUGAAGCGAAACGAGUUGAAGUACGACUCGGUUGACUCGGACGUUCGAUCUCGGUUUGACUCACUGAGUGGUGGCGACGGCGAGUUGCUCGUGUUCGAUACACGUGCAGUACUGCCUUGUUUUCUCAUAGUCUACCGCCUGUAAAAAUACGCAGUUUUAUUUUAUUUUUUCUAACUUUUGACAAUUGUAAUUUCAUUUAUCAACGCGAUUUUCUCCUAAUGUUUAGGGAAUUUGUUUUCCGAUGCAUAAUUUGGUAAAAAUUGUGUUGAUAAAUGUUAAUUAAUUUUGUCUACAAAAAAAAAUGUAACGAGAGUUUUUCUUAAUUAAUGCGAUUACAUA